AGGGUGCUAAGGAAUUAGCUGCGGGCAUAAGCUCUGUAUUUGGGCUGCGCUCUCACUCGUAGAGGCCAAUUCGUGGUUGUAGGAUAGUUCUGUUGACGCCCAGUCGGCGCCAGCGAAUCCUAAGCUCGUGAGCCACCACUCCUUUUGCCUAUCCUCCAGGAGAGGCUGCCUGGCCCACGCCAGCCGACGCGACGCGACGCGCGGACGCUUGGGACACAUAAAGAUGAGCACCUACGACGAGCGAAAAAGGCAAGAGGAGGCCGACGCCGCCUACGCCCGGCGUUUACAACAGGAGGACUACGACCAGCGCCCGGACGCGGGCACGAGCGCGCGGACCAUCUCGCAAAUGAACAGCGAUUUGCUCGCUAAGAUCGAGGAGCAGGAGCAUUGUGAUUUACCAGGACACAUCUCAAAAACGAAGAACAAGCACGCCGGUGCUGGUUUGAGUCGAGGCUUGCAAUCCGCGGUGGGCGGCGUGGCGGCCGGUGCUGCCGCCUUAGUGGCCGCGCCGGUCAUCGGCGCGAAGGAGGGCGGCGGGAAGGGCUUUGCUGCUGGUCUAGGUGCUGGUAUUCUAGGUGCUGUCGCCUUACCGUUAGUGGGCAUCGCUUCUGGUGUGUACGAGGUCGGCGUCGGCAUCGCGAACACGCCCGCCGCGAUUCAAGCGAGUGCGGAAGGUAAAGAAUGGGACCCGUCUUCCAACAGCUGGAUCUUCUACGACCUCAAGAAGGAGGAGCAGUUAUAUUUAUCCACAGAAGCCGACGACAAGCUGCGAGACCACAUCAACAAGAGGCGAGAGAAGGCCGGCCACGAGACCGAAACCACGCAUCAAGUCAAGGACACGAAGCUCUACGACAUCCUCGGCGUCGCCCCGAACGCGAGCGACGCGAAGAUAAAAAAAGCGUACUAUAAAAAAGCUCUCACGUGUCACCCCGACAAGUUUCCCAACGAUGCCGCGAAGAAGGUCGAAUUCCAGGCCAUCUCGGGCGCCUAUGCUGUUCUAUCAGAUCCGCAGUCAAAAGCUCGCUACGACAGCACGGGCGAAGAGAACGCGGAAAAUGCCAUGGACCCGUCCGUUUUCUUUGCGAUGAUAUUUGGAAGCGAAGCGUUUUCCGAGUACGUCGGUGAAUUGAAGGUGGCGCAGCUGGCUAACGGUGAGGGUGAUGAUGCGCCGGACGAUGCGGAGCUGGCUUUUCGGCAGCGGCGGCGGUGCGUGGAACUGGCUUCGAAAUUGGUGAAGCGCAUUCAAGAUCGAGUGGAUGGUGGCGACAAGGACGCGUUCUUUGAACGGUGUAAGGCAGAUGGGAGUGACCUGGCGAAGACGCCCUUCGGUGCUACACUUACGAGACUGAUCGCUCGAUCCUACAUCGGCGCCGCCAAUCAGUAUCUGGUGAGCGGGCCGGCGUCGAUCGGGCAGUCGAUUGCGGAUGGCGCCCAUUCGGCGCACAACUACUUCAAGGCGGGGCGCGAUGGGCUCGGGGUCGUUUCUGCGGCUCGAGCCGCGGACAAGGCCGAAAAAGCAGCCCAGAUGGACGAAGAAGAUUCAGUGUGUAGGGACAACGGCCGGCCCGCGUCGCAAGCUUCGUGCCUCAUCGUGCACGACGCGACCGUGGAGCACUUUUUUUCCGCUCAAGCGGCGCGCGACCGCUUCUCGAAGUUGAGCUAUGCGCAGACCUCUGUGUUAUUUGACAAGAAUGGGAGCGACUGGCGCCUCGCGCGGAAGUUCGGGCCCUCGCAGUCCGUGCAGCAGAUUUGCGGAUAUGUGCAGACCUGUCCGGCCAUCACGUCCAAAAUACUGCGGGAGCAAAUCACGAAUGCGAAGAAGGCUCGAGCCAUGGAGUCGGUCUUCGAAGCGGCUUGGAGGGUCAGUGUCCUGGACAUGGAGUCGACAUUACGCGAUGCGACGUCGAAGUUAUUUAGAGACACGUCCGUCGACAAGGCGACGCGCGAGAAGCGGGCCAAGGCCGUCAAGACGCUGGCCAAGGCCUUUCUACAAGCCGUGGACGAGGCGGGCCACACGGAGACGUGGAAGGACGCCAUCGCGGCGCAGAUCGCGCAGCAGACGGGCGGUCCCAUGGCGCCGCCGCCGGCGGAUCCGUCGUCUAGCUCGUUCUAAGGUUCUUGUGUAGUA